GUGUAGGUCAGGUCAGAUUAGCGUACAUGUUGGCCUCACUCUCCCUGCAGAGGACCGUACCCGUAAGCCUACUCAACCGGUAGUUUUGGACGGUCUGUUUAAGAGAGACUAAUCUUGUCUGUAUGAUUUUACGGAGAACUCAGCCAAGUGAGCUAAGUGUUAAUGUCGGCUUAAUCGGCCACAGUCACAUACUGAGGGGGUAACGGUACAGAUAUUUGGGAGUGGAGACAAGGCUUAUAAUCAACGCCAGCACGUAUCACUGCAGCGAAAUUCCUAGAAGAACCCAAGACCCUGUUUGUUGUGUGUAGCUUGUAGCCCCAAAGGUAUAAUGUCGUACGACGAGUUGUUCACGAACGUGGCGGCGUUGGCCGUCUUCGUGCUCGUCCUACUGCUCUUUGUCCUCCGAUCCACAUCCCGUCCUGCCCACCUACCCCCGGGACCCACACCCUGGCCCCUCAUCGGUAACUUCCCCAGCCUACGGGGAGACCUGUUCACUGCCUUACAGAAGCUUCGGUCUAUGUACGGAGACGUCUACCUCCUCUACAUGGGCAGUAUGCCGACAGUGUUCGUUCACGAUCUCGACAACAUUCGAGAGGUGCUGGUGACCAGAGGUGACGAGUUUGCGGACCGACCCAAUCUGAUGAUCGCUGAGAAAAUAUCUAAAGGAAAAGGAGUUGCUAAUACAUCCGGUGAAGUAUGGAAGCAGCAGAGACGCUACACCCUGCACACUUUGAGAGACUUUGGCGUCGGGAAAUCCAGUCUUGAGCAGAAGGUGAUGGAAGAAGUGGAGGUGUUAAUACAGUGUCUCCGAGACACAGGCGGGGAUACUUUCCCUAUGGGAAAACUUCUCCAUACGUCCGUCUCCAAUGUCAUCUGCUCUAUCGUCUUUGGCAAUCGGUUUGAACACGAAGAUCCCAAGUUUGUCAAGUACAUGAAGGCUAUAGAUGAGAAUAUAGAAAGUGUUGGGUUUGCCGGACCUAUAAACUUUUUGCCCUGGUUGAAGUAUAUUCCUGGAGACUUCUUCAAAUAUCACAGGACGCUCAGAAACGUAGAUAUGGUGGAGGCAUUCAUACUCGAUGAAAUAAAAUCGCACAAAGAGACACUUGACCCCGAUGAACCUCGAGAUUUUAUCGACGCCUACUUGUCUGAAAUUGCAAGAUGUCAGGAUGAUGAGAACUCAACGUUUGAAGAUGAACAACUUCUCAAGGUCAUUGGAGAUUUGUUUGUUGCUGGCACUGAAACUUCAGCGACGACACUCCGGUGGGCUCUGUUCUACAUGAUAAACUACCCGGAUGUCCAGACCAAAGUUCGGGCGGAGAUUCAUUCUGUUAUCGGCAGAGGCAGGUUCCCGACUAUGGCCGACCGCAAACAAAUGCCUUACAUGGAAGCCACUCUGAUGGAGGUACAACGGUGUGGCGAUGUCGCGCCUUUAGGUGUUCCUCACGCGGCUUCCAGGAAUACCUCUUUAGCGGGAUAUGUGAUCCCUAAAGGUACCACGGUCAUCACUGUUUUCUCCAGUUUGCAUUCUGACCCCAACAUUUGGAAGAACCCGAAAAUGUUCGAUCCCAGCAGAUUUUUGGACUCAGAUGGAAAUGUAAUCAAGUGCGAGAGUUUACUACCGUUUUCUGCAGGUAAGCGGGUUUGCCUGGGAGAGAGCUUGGCCAGGAUGGAGUUGUUUCUGUUCCUGACCUCCAUGCUACAGAGGUUUGUCUUCAAAGCUCCGAAAGGCAUGACAUCGCUUCCUGAAGAAAGACUCCUUGGGCUCACUCAAUCACCCGUGCCUUACGAACUGCGUGCCCUUUUUGACGAAUAGAUAGAUCAUACUCCUUACAGCCCAUGCGUCGCUAUUGACGUUUGCUUUACAUCGCUGCCACGAACAUCAAAUAUUGUACAGAAAUCUUAAAAUACGCCGAGGUCACAGGGGUCACGGUGGUGAGGCAGGAAGUGAUGGCAGAAAACUAAAACAGUCAACAUUUGUAUCUAAUAAUACUUUAUACACAUGCGUUCCCUUUGUCUAAAGCAUGUAUAACAUGAUUCCAACCAAAACCGGAAACAAUUUUAUUGACGAAUGUUAAUGAGAAGCCCACUUGAUUAGGCCAACUCGAACCAGCUUGCUGCUUUUUAUUUUUUUAUCCAAUUUAACGAUGCAGUGUUGUAACAACUUGGCAUCAUGGAUACGGUUCCUGAUUGGAGAAUGUCCACCGCAGAGCCUUAUUCCGUCAUAAAGUCUAGUACCAGGAUAACAGUUGCACUGGACCCAAAAUG